GCGCCGGAGCGGGCGCCGAUCGGCGCCGCGGGGGUUUGGCGGCGGCGGGAGCGGCGGCGAUGGAUCUGUUCGGGGACCUGCCCGAGCCCGGCGGCGCCGCGGGGAAAGAUGUCCAGAAAGGGCCUCUGCUCUUUGAGGAUCUCCCGCCAUCCAGCAGUGCCGACUCAGGAAAAGGAGGCUCUUUGCUCUUUGAUGAUCUCCCACCAGCCAGCAGUGGUGACCCAGCCUCCAGUGCUACUGAGCAAGUCUCAUCAGCAGGGAGCCAAGAGAAAGGGCAGAAGAGAAAGUCCUUGGAGGAGGAGGAGGAAGAGAAGAAUGGCAGGGAAGAACUUGUGGAAAAGAAAGUUUGUAAAGGAUCAGUGGACGUUCUUGGACUGAAGGGUUACGUGGCAGAGAGAAAAGGUGAGAGAGAAGACAUGCAGGAUGCACAUGUCAUCCUAAAUGAUAUCACCGAGGAAUGCCGGCCUCUGCCCUCCCAAAUCACACGUGUCUCGUACUUUGCUGUUUUUGAUGGCCAUGGGGGAGUCCGAGCCUCGAAAUUUGCAGCACAGAAUCUGCACCAAAACCUGAUUAAGAAAUUUCCUAAAGGUGAGGUGGUCAGCGUGGAGAAAACUGUGAAGAGAUGCCUUUUGGACGCCUUCAAACACACAGAUGAAGAGUUUCUAAAACAGGCAUCCAGCCAGAAGCCAGCUUGGAAGGAUGGCUCCACAGCUACUUGUGUCUUAGCUGUCGACAAUGUUCUCUACAUAGCCAACCUCGGGGACAGCCGGGCGAUUCUGUGUCGUUACAAUGAAGAGAGUCAGAAACACACAGCCUUAAGCCUCAGUAAAGAGCACAAUCCCACCCAAUAUGAGGAGCGUAUGCGGAUACAGAAAGCUGGGGGCAAUGUCAGGGACGGAAGAGUCCUAGGAGUGCUGGAGGUUUCCCGCUCCAUUGGGGACGGCCAGUACAAACGCUGCGGUGUUAUCUCUGUGCCAGAUAUCAAACGCUGCCAACUCACACACAACGACAGGUUCAUUCUGAUAGCAUGUGAUGGCCUCUUUAAAGUCUUUACACCAGAAGAAGCUGUGAACUUCAUUGUGUCCUGCCUGGAGGAUAAGAACAUCCAGAUGAGAGAAGGGAAGCUGGAAGCAGACGCUCGAUACGAAGCUGCGUGUAACAGACUGGCCAACAAGGCAGUGCAGCGAGGCUCGGCCGACAACGUCACGGUCAUGGUGGUCCGGAUAGAGCACUGAGGGAUGAGGUGCGGCGCAUGUAAGGAAAGGGAGAGGUCUGUCUGUGUGCAUAUGUGGCCGAGGGAGGGAGGGUCCCGCUCUUCAGUGUAAAUAAAGUUGGGUUUUUUUCUAAUAGUCUUAGCUCA